AGAUUUUUAUUCAUUUGUCAACGACGUUGAAAUGUUUUGAAAAUUAAAUUAAAUUAAAUUAAAUUUUUAACAAAUAAAACAAACAAGAUGUAUUCGGAUCUUGUUGAUGCUUUACCUUAUAUUGAUAAUGAAUUUAAUAAUUCUGAAGUUCGUUUAGCGGUGGCUCAAAUGGUUGAAGAUGAAACAAAACGAUAUCGUCCAACAAAAAAUUAUUUGGAAUCAUUACCAAAUCUGCCGACAUUGGAUGUGAAUAAAUUUGAGACUGACAUUUUACGCAAAGAAUUCGAACGUUUAAACAAUGGCCAAUCGAUGGAACAAUUGAACAUGAAACGUUAUGAAUUACCAUCACCAUCAACCGGCAAAUUGAACGAUAUAUGGGCAUGGCAAGAAUGUUUGGAAAAUUCAUUUACACAACUUGAACAUCAAACUAUUCGAAUACAAAAUCUCGAACUAUUAACAGAAUAUGGAACCGAAACAUCGAAAAUGUACAAUUCAAUUAUGACACAAUUGUUGGCACGAUCAAAGGCUCACCUGGAAAAGAUUCGAAAACAAAUUCAGGAUAUAAAUCUAUUACGUAAAAAUAGCCAAACACAAGCUGGAGAGCAGAUUAAGAUUCUUGAAGAAAAUUGGGUUUCAUUGGUCGGUAAAAAUUAUGAAAUUGAACGAGCUUGUUUACAACUCGAAACGGACCUGAUUAAAUUACAACAACAGCAAAAGCAAAAUUUUCAACAAAAAGAAUAAUUGAUUGUAAUAUUACAAACAAAAUAAUCAUUG